GAAGAACACGCCCUCUGUAACGAAAAAGUCAUUUUGCAAACCAUGAAGCCCAGGAUCGAGCACAGAGAGCACUCCGUUGCAUUUUCUUCCAGAGGGACAAUGGAUCCGGUUUCAAUUUCCGACGCUGUUCUCGGUGAUCGGGAGUCAUCAACGGUGGACUCCGGUGGAGGCCUCGAGGGAUCAGCUGUUAGUUGCCGACGUUAUCACAAAGAGGAGACGAUCACCAUGGACUUGGCUGGAAGCCCACCUCCUGAUGUCCUCGCUCCGAGUCCCCAAUGGCCUUUCACGAAUUAUGCACGAACACCGUCACCAGACGACAAGAGUGGGCUAACGAGCGAAUUCUCGGCCAACAGCGAUUGCCUCCAAUACAAUAUUAGCGAGGACGGUCUUCUGGUCACUGGUGAGAGGCCCACGUUGAACACGGCCGCAGUAGAGUCAUUGGAGGUUCCCGAGACAAGGCAUGCCGUCAAGAAUGAACCUAAAAGCCUGCCUGAACCGGUAACGAAAAAGAAAGCUCCGAAAGCGCAUAAGCACCAGCGCAAGGGGUCCAAACUGUAUCUAAUGAUUCCUUCUGCGAUCGCUUUGUUUGGAAUUGGAUUACUUAUUUCUUACGUAAAUACAGCGGGUUAUCUUCCACGCUCCGCAGAGUCGACUGUCGGUCCUAUUUUCUACGAUGCCGCACAAGUUGUCAAGCAGGGGAAGAAGAAGACAACUAUAUCACUCAUUUCUUCCUCAAAUGUUAACAGCCCAGCUAAUAUACAAAAUCCAGACAACUUUAUGAAUGCCUCGCUCCCGCGGAAUUCGCCGGUCUAUAUAGGCGUCGAUGGCGUCGCACAGCAUCCUCCUACACGAGAAGAGCGUCAGAGACCAAGGCGGAAAAUAAAGAUUUGGGAAGGACAAAGGAUGUAUGCACAAAAUCUCGCCGAACCCAAAAGUAAGGAAGUAAAACAUGCUACUGAGCCUGCGACUAGAUGGUACGAAGACACGUCUGUUCGAAGUCAACAGCCAUUGACGACAACAAAGGCACCGAAAACUGAUGCGAGAUCGACAACGCACAUAACACUACUUGAUACCCGAGCAAGUACAAUGAAGCAUCAGCCAGAACAACGUGGGACGACGAAUGCCAUAAAAAACAAGUCUUGUGAAACCAAGGUAUGCGAGAUGGAGGCGGUUUAUCUCGUUAAUUAUUUGAGUUGGAAUAGACAGCCCUGCACAGAUUUCUAUGGGUUCGUGUGCAACCGUUGGGAACGCGUACAUCCCGACGUCGGGACAUCUACGGAUACGUUGCUAGUGCGCACAGCCGAAGAAGACAUUUUCCACGCGCUUACGUCUGAAGAGAAAGCCUUUCCCAAGAUGCUCAAAAUGGAACAACUGCUGAACAGCUGUCUUCGUAGUCGCCCAUCAGAAGAUCAUCGGUCAACGUUAUUGGAUUUUAUGAACAGUUUCGGACUCCGAGGAUGGCCGUACAGUCGUGAUACAAAAACUCUCAUGGACGUCUGGAACUCGGCAAGUCUGCUUUUGAAGGAGUUAAAUCUUGCAACGUUAAUGUCUGUUGAUGUUGAACAGGACCCGGAGACCGACAACCGGUACAUCAUCUCUUUGGGGGAGCCCAACCUUUUGAUCGGGCAGUACGGGACAAAAGAGAGUGCUCUUCCAGAAUGGUACAGUGCGGCCAUUGCGAUAUGUUUCAAGGGCUUCACAAGGGGAAAGUACGUCGACUUAGCCCAGAGAGUACGCGAUUUUUCUGUGAGGUUGGCCGAAAUAUCGGCAUACCGCGGAUAUGGGCCGCUCACUGUCAAUUGGUAUAAGGUGGUCCAGUUAAAAUAUCAUAUUAACCUCAAGCACCUACUGACACUCGUUUUCAAUAACAUCACGGUGAUACACAGCAAAAUGAAGAUACUUGUCAAGUCUCAGGCGUACCUAAGAUCAUUGAGAUCUGUAAUGCACGUGACCAGGAGUGUGGACGUGCUCAAUUAUUUGGGGUUUCGCGCACUUCUGCACGUGUCCCCACUGCUCCCUCAUCAAGCGCAAGAAAUGACUUCAAUCCAGAUGAGACAGAUAACUGGAAUCUCUCAACACACGUGGUUGCCCUGGCAACGAUGUCUUCGAAUGUUCGAACGCGUUGUCCCUCUCCUCUACCUUCAAGUGUACGCUGCCUCCAAUUUGCAACUCGCUCAUAGAGAAAAAAUUUGGACCUUACUGAACGAGAUACAGGCCACUUUUGUCCUCACCAUGAAUACCGCUCCAUGGAUAAGUCUCGAUGACAGAAUCUUACUGCGUAGCAAGCUGUCUAAAAUUAAACUGGAGGUAUUUCACAAAUUCUGGAGCAAAGCUGCCCGACGGUAUGUCGCUCCCAAAUUUCCACAAGGCAUAGAACACAGGGGCAUUAUUAUGGUGUACAAAUCAUUGGCAAAGCAGUUAGUGGAAAAGAAGCUGUCAAGGAUGAGGUUCCCGGAAUCUGUGCAGAAACACCACUGGAAAGGUUCAGUCUUCGAUACGGAACCUAGAUUUGACAGGGAAUCGAACACUGUUUUCAUUCCUAUGGCAAUGUUUGACCCGUCCUACAUGAUUGACAAUGAAUCCAUGCUCUUACAAAUUCCCCGUAUAGCAACCAGAGUGAUCCGUUCUUUGUUCGAAGGAAUCCACGAAAACAGUCAUCCUAGAAGCGAACUUAAGUGGUCUGUGGAUACAGAGAUGGGCUACCGGGAUCUACGAACAUGCCUUCAAAGUCACUAUACGACAACUUUCGACGAUAGAAUUCGAAACGGUCUCACUGCAGACCUAAAUUUUCUCGAUAGCAUGUCGCUGCUUCCGGCUUUCAAGCUCUUCCUCAGAAAGGUAAACAAAGUUAGCAUUGAAGACUACGGUCUCAUCGCGGGCAGUAACAUCACUGUGAAGCAACUGUUCUUCAUUCUGUACGCGAAAGGCUUUUGUGAGACCACCGACGCCGAGCAUAGGAAGCAAGUGAUGCAAGAGUCCGUCUACCCCGUCAAUUCGCUCAGAGUGAACGGACCACUUCGGAAUUUCUUCAGGUUUCCAACCUUUUGGGAUUGCCCAGAGGAGUCUUUAAUGAACCCUAUUCACAAAUGUACCAUAUGGACGUCUUGAAAGGUAAAUCAGCCGUUAGUUGUUGAUUGUCUUGCGUGGAAACCGCGAAUAAAUAUAUAAUUUGA